AUGGAGAUUCUCGGAGCUAUCGCGAGCUCUAUCGCUCUGGCGCAAGCGGUCAAAGGGACACUCAAAGCUGUCGACUUUCUGCGACAAAACUCUGACAUGAAGAGGGAAUGUGAUAAACUAAGGAAGGAAUUACUCAUGAUUGACUGCUUCAUCAUGCAAGCAAGGGAACAGACAGGCCAGAUGGUGUCAGCACAACGACUUCUUGGGAUCGCAGAACACCCACUAAUCUCCUUAACGAUACAAGAGCUUGAAGAGCUAUUGGAAGAGCUUAAUGAGAUUGUGGAGAAGUACUCACGCUCCCGUAAGGCCCACGAUCCGAAGCGAUACACGGAUAAGGUCAAAUGGUUCUCCGAAGUAAGCAAGAUUGAAGAGCUUCGAGAAAGAGCUCAGGCUGCUAAGUCUAAUCUGCACAUGGCAAUUACCUUUCGGGUUUCUUCUAUGGUAGAUAGGGGAAAUGUGCGACAAGAAGUUCUCUUUCACCGCGUGGCUCAACAGUUGACUUGCUAUACGCAAGAGACUCACCGUAUCUCUCAAACUUUACCCAGGCUACUCCAGGGACCCCAACCCGUGCCGCAAAGUUCAACCACAAGUCUACAACCCGGGACGCAAGGCACAACGAUUCACAACAAGCCAGAUCCGCCAGCAAUGGAAGAGAACAGGCUUACUGAGACCUCAGAAGUCUUCUUGACAAAUAAUACCAAUCAGACCGUUACCGUCAUCAAAGAGGAGAGCUUCGUCAGUGUGUCAUCCAUCCAACCCCUCGGCACACGUUCAUGUGGCUCGAGAUGCCAAUGUCGAUGUCACCGAGGACGACGAGACCACACUGGUGCAUGGGUAGUCUCCCUCUUCUCUUCGUGGCUCACUCGAUAUGAAAAAAUCGAUGCCAAUUGCCAAAGCAGAUGCAGGUGCAAGUCCAGCGUUGAGUUCGAAUUUCGCCUUCCAAGUUGGCUGUGGGCAGGAGUCCUUUCGUUUCAGGCAUCGAGAGGACCAAAUAUUACCUUCUCCUUACGUCAGUCAAGAGAUCUUGGGUUUGACGAAUACUUAUGGAAGACAAUAUCUAGCCCAUCUCUACUAGAAACCCGUAUCAGAGAGGGGUUUGUAUACUUUCCAGAUGACACAGCUGGAAGUGCCUGGCCCUUGUUAUUGGUAGCAUUGCAUAACCAAAAUCCGGAUUGCGUAGAAAUUCUUCUCAAGUUGUGGGAAAAUAUAUUGCCAAGUCAGGGGUUAUCCAGAGAAAUGGGAUACCGACUAAUGCCAUAUUAUACUAGAGAUGCUGGGACUGCAAUUAAUACAGUGAUAAACAAAAUACUUUCUUUUGUGCAAGACUGGGAAGAGGUGAGCAUAACCAAAGUUCACAUAGCGGCAGCAGAAGGUGGAUUGUUGGAUGCAUUACGGGAGCAACCCUGGGCCAUUGACGAACUCGACGAAAACGGACACGCUCCAAUUCACAUUACGGUUGAGUAUUACAACCUUUUGGGACUCGAGCAACUGAUCGCGGCCAAGGCUGAUAUCAAUCGACAAGAUGUUGUGGGCAGGACCCCCCUCAUGAUGGCCGCUCGCAAAGGGAACGACACAAUGGUCCAGAAGCUCUUGGGGUAUUUUGAGUGCCGGAGACUUAUUGGGUCAAAGGUAGAUAUUUCAGGGAGAACUGCGCUGCAUUUUGCUGUCGAGUCAGGAUCCUCAGCUUGUGUCAGGUUGUUACUUGAGGCUGGAGCCCCCGCAUCAAAGCUGAAUCGUUAUGGUGAAAUUCCGAUGCAGCGCCUUGCAUGGGGAAAGCAAGAAGACCAGGAAGAGAUUUACGAGAUAAUUGAGCUUCUACGAGCUUGUGGAGCUGAUAUCGAAUCGAAAGAAUUACAUGGUUGGACACCAGUAUUGAGGGUAUGUCGAAAAGGUAAUGUCCCUGUCCUCGGGGCUCUUGUUAGGGCAGGCGCAUCACUUUGUGCCAUCGAUUCAAAACAAGAAGGCAUACUUCAUCAUACGGCUUAUUCUCUAAACUUCGAUAUUGUCCAUUACCUUGCAGAACAAGACCUUGAGGGUAUCGACCCACAGCUUCGAGAAAUCUCCCGUGGCGACACUCCUCUAGGCUGCUUAACAUGGAUCUUUAAUGAGUACAAGUUGCCUGAAGUUACUAUUCCCACUGAGGAUCAACAAAAGGACUUCAUAAAACUCUAUUUCGACUUGCUAAUACGCGAUUUGGAGCGUCAUAUAUCAACCCUCAGGGAUGUUCAAGAAGCAAUAGAAGAUAGAGACUCAGGGGCCACAACAGAACUUCUUGAUCUCCUUAUCAAGAGGAAUAAGGACGGUUUCCGGCAGGAUCUUGUUGAUUGGUAUAGAGGCCUGCAAUCUUAUGUUUCAGAUGGUCAGUGGGAUAAUUUGAUGGAGGCAAUAUGCGAGGAACAUGAUGAGACUGUUGAGAAAGUUAAGAGGGCAGCCGUUGCAAGAGAAAAGACUAUGACGGAUCCUGAGAUAAAGGAAUUCUUUUAAGGGCGAACGUGGAGCAAUU